AUGCAAAGCACGACAACCACGGUUGUGAUUUCCAAACUCCAAAGAAUCUUUGCCGGACAUGGAUAUCCCGAAGAAGUGAUAACCGAUAACGGACCCCCGUUCAAUGCGGUUGAGUUCACCGAAUAUCUAGCUGCACAUGGAGUCCAUCACCGCCGAAUCACACCUUAUUGGCCUCAAGCCAACGGUGAGGCAGAGCGAUUCAUGAAAACAGUAACAAAAGCAAUCCGUACUGCUCAUUCGGAAGGAAAAAGAUGGCAAAGUGAAUUAGAUCUUUUUCUUCUCAACUACAGAUCCACACCUCAUUCUACGACACACAUUAGUCCAGCUGAACUUUUGUUCAAUCGCUCAUUUAGAAAUAAGCUUCCUAGUUUCUCAUCCCUACAACACAAUGAUGGCCCUGUGGAACACCACGUUGUUCGAGAUAAGGAGGAAAAGGAGAAAAUGAAAGUCCAUGCUGAUAGAAGAAACAACGCGAAAGAAAGUCAGUUGAAAGUUGGUGAUCAUGUGCUAAUGCAAGUCCCGAAGGACAAUAAGUUAUCAAUGCCUUUCAAUCCAAAACCAUUUAAAGUGAUUGAAAUCAAAGGCAACAUGGUAACAGCUCGUAAUACAGAGCGCACCGUAACCCGGAAUGUAUCGUGUUUCAAAUGUCUCACAAAUUACAAGAACGCAAGUGAGGAAGACCAGAAUAAUGAAGAAGACGAUUUUCACGACGGCAUAGUAGAAAACCAGCAACCAACAAUAGUUGAAGAGCAACAACAAGAUCUACCAGAUCUACAACGAAGGUAUUGUCUUAGACAAAAUCGAAGACCACCGGACUUUUAUAGAAGUUAGACAUGUUAAAACUAGUUAAAUAAUUACUGGUAAAGCGGACACGUAGACUUUAUAAGGUAAUAUUCAAUAAACAGCAAUUAACAUUAAUGAGUUAUUUUAAAGAAAAGGAGGGAUGUAAUGUAGUCACGUCAUGUCACGUGAUGUAAUAUAUAUUUAGGUAUCAGAAAGAGACCACGUGUAAGAAAAUAGGGUUUUGAUAUUGAAGGCAAUAAAAGUACAUUUUUAUACUGUACAACUUGUACUAAAGAGAUACAUUAUAACGUAUAGUGUUAUUUUCAAGCUUCUAUAUUUAAAAUGUGACUUUUGUUGCCGAAUUUUGCAUUUCUGCUCCGAAUUUGCGUUAAUCCCAAACCGGAAAUACGACGAAAAACCGUCAAAACAAUGCGAAGUUUGUAUCGCGUGACUCUGGAAAUGCCAGAAAUGGAUUCUACAGGUCAAAGUGCACCGAUACGCGUGAGUUUGACGUCACCCCGGCUAAAGGAGCUCCUUAUUGGCCAAGUAUUACGCAAUACACGCGCGUGCGAGUAAAACCCGAUACCUUGAAAAAUUCAAAAUAAAUAUUUCUACUCGCCGUAUUCAUACGAAACUUUCUACACGAAAGCGCUUGAAUACAAAGAGUAUUUUACACAUAUAUCCUUUCAGAAAAUGACGCCAAAUUUUAGAAUAUAUUCAACUUUUUCUCGUUUGAAUGUUUGGCGACAGUGGCGUGCUGGCAGGGGGGGCCGGGGGGCCACGGCCCCCCCAGCUGGCAAUUCUUGGAGGGCGCAAAAAAUGAAUCGGGGGCGCCGAUACCGCGCCGAAUUUUGAAAGUGGGUGGGAAAAAACGCAUUUGAAAAAAUAUGGUUACUUCCGCCAAAAAAAGAUGUGUUUAUACAAUUGCAAAGUGAUAUAUAAAAUUACAGACUAUUUUGUCUAACCGUAUUUGCAAAUUUGCUAGCCUACCUCACGGCUCACACACAAAAUCGUUCAUAUAGAAACAUGAUCAGUGAUCACACGCAAUGUCUCAUUACCGGAAUAUUGAUCACGGGAAUAAUGCCCUUUUUUGCUGGUACGCCCUUAUAUUAUGCCCUUUAUUAUGCUUCACGAAUCACGAGAGCGGCGCAAAUUAGAUAGUCAUAUAUUAUAAUGUAAAGUUGUGUACGCAAUUUAGUUGUUUGUGCAAGAAACAUCAUGACUCAUGAGUAAUGUAAGUAAUAAGAUAAUGUAAAUGCUGAAACGCGCCCUUUUGGCAGCCAAGCAAACCUUAUAAUGCAUAUGCGUGGGGUCCGUGUGUUAUUGUAUAAAAGAGCUGUAAGUUGUAAAUGUAUUCAGAUCAUUAAUCGCUGGAAUUAGUUCGCAUUGCCCAAUUUAAGUACUACUGCUAAAUUCUAACCAAAUUGCAAAUUUCGACACGUUAUAAUGCCGAUUCCUGACCAUCAGAUUUCUGUCAAACCUUCCCCCCAAAGUCCAGGAAAUGGCAUUUCAGAGACCCUAAAUUCAAACAUUUUCCGAGGGGGCAUGCCCCCGGACCCACCUAGAGAAACCUCGCACCUUCGGCGCGAGGCUCGUGCCUUCGGCACUCGUUUAUCAAGCAAUACAAUAUAGGGGCGCAUAUUAGUUGAUAGCCCACUGGCCACCCCAGAAAAAUAGUACCCAGCACGCCACUGUAAUUGGCGAAGCGGUGAGUAUAAAUAUAUGAUUGUUUCGGUUUGUGUAAUGUUUUGACGGCACUUGACCCCCCGUUCGAAAGGUUAUAUUGUGAGGAUUUUAAUGGUGGCAUUUAUUUAAAAGGGGGGUAAAUACUCGCCGAGAUAUUUAUAUUAGAAAAAUUGAAUCGAAAUGUAAUACGAAACCGGUUGUCGAGAAAGAGUUGUUACGAACAAUGAGAAUGUGCAAUGCAUUUAGGUAUCGUAUACAUUCUUGUGAGGAGUUAUACCAUUGAUAGGUCACUUUGUAAUCUGGCCAAAAAUUUACUGACCAGCAAUAACGUUGUAUUUGGUUACAGAAAAGUGGUUUACUGCAUAGACCAAGCAUACUUUGUUUUCUCUUUUUUAGUGGUUACUGUCUUACUGCAAGCUUCACAAAUUGACGUGACUGAGGCUAGUACCAACGCUAUUGUCCUUGUUACAGUGAAUGGUGCCAGAGAAAGGGAAAUAAGUGUCAAGUGAGUUGAAAUAUUCAUAGGAUGAUGGGGUUCGUAAUUAUACGAAUUUUGAUCCCUUCUUUCGAGAUCCUCAUGUACACCCAACACUUUGGGUCCCUGGGAUUAGAUAAUACUAUAGGUAUAUAGUUUUCAAAAAGUGUUAUACUACACUAGGUAUUUUAAGUCGAGAGCCAACUUCCUUUUUCUCUCUUAGUCAAGCAGUUCUAGCUGUAUGGUCUUAUUUUCAAUAAUGACGUUCAGUUAUAUAGAUUUGAAUGCUGCACUGGAACCUGCACGCAUGCGGGUUGAUAUUAGCGACCUUCAGUGGGAAGCAUUCAUAGACAAGCACCACGGCAUGUGCAUGGUCCCUAAUGAUCCCUAGCUGCGGUCCCUAGCUGCGUUAGUGCCUGCUAAUUAAAACUGUACUUCAGAAUAAGGCAAAUUUCCAAAUGGAAAGAAAUAUAUAAAGAUGGAAAAAUGAUGUACCCCAUAAAAUACCUCCAUAUAACAUCCCUUUUUGUGAUCCCAGUCAGUAUAAACCCUAAAUUCAAACCCAAUUAAUACAUUUGCAUAAUUCAUUUUUCAUACAGUGUAUCGACAUACGAUGUUUCUGCCUUUGCUGUACUGAACGACUACUAUGCAAAAAUUGAGAUAGUAACAUUACAGCCAAACAGCCUUCAGGCACCAUUCCUUGUCCGUAUACGUGAAGACAACAUUGUUGAAAAUACUGAGCAGUUUGGAGUACAAGUUGCAACCACUGAUCCACAAGUGAAUGUUAUAAAUAGAAACCUUCAAGUUUCCAUAACGGAUAAUGACAGUAAGUAACUUUAAUAUACAUUAAAAUACUCAUUAAUAAUUCAUACACCUUGUUGCAAAUCAUGUCAGCCAUAAUAUGUCACGUGGAGUGACUUUAUAUCUGAUAAAACUCAUCUUUAUUAGUAUUCUUUAUAUAAUUGUUCAUCCUAAUUAGUAUGGUUAUAUAAAUGUUCAUCCUAAUUAGUAUUCUUUUGUAGUUGUAUUAUAAGCUAUUCAAAACACUCGUUGUCGUGUUUUUUCAGAUAUAUAACGCUCGGCUGCUCCUCGCGUUUUAUAUCUGAUAAAACACUCUCCUACUCGUGUUUUAAAUAGUACAUAAACUUCGCAUUGUAACUUCUCACUUGAGUCCCCUCCAGUGAGAGGGUAAUAUUCUUUGUCACAUAUAAUUUUUAAGACGUGUUAUAAUACACUAGGUUCUAACACUCAGGUUAACGUGCUCGUUGUGAAAAGAAUGGCGAUCAUGGUAAUAAUUUUCUAAGGAUUUAUCUAUCAGUUAUAAACACAUGACCUGUUACCUUUUAACACUUUAUUGUUAAAUGCCUGCCACUAUCCUUGUAACAUGGGCAUUCAUACCUCUCAGAAAUUACCUUAACGAUGGAUUCAAAUACAUAUCAAGUGGAAGAAGAUGAUGGAUUUGUAAGUGUUCGAGUGGUUGUAACUGGAGUGACAGCAGUCGAAAUCGCAGGAAG